AUGUUGUCUCUUGGGCAACUAAGGCCCAAGGGGCUAUCGCGCCAACUAUUCCUUUGCAUGUACAAGCCCAGUGCUUAUGUUUUGCAGACAAGUCGACCUGCAAGCCUCUCUGCUAUCCACCGAGGAGUGCGGCGAUCCGACAGAGUCCAAUUCGGAGACCGGUCCAGAGAUCGAGACUCUUCGUUCAAUGGUAGAAGUGGUGGGCUAACUAGAAGGGCGCUCGAAGGUGCAGCUUCACCUCGACAACAGCAGAAAUUACGCAAGAAGCUUGGCCGGAAGGAACUCGAGGAAGACGAGGAGGAAUCCGGCAAACAGACGAGGCGCAAGCGCUUUCUCAAUCCCGAGUUCGAGUAUGGGAAGAAAAGCUUGGUUUACCAACUCAAGCAUGGAGCGUUAAAGGAUCAGGCUGCUGCUCUUGUUCAAGAGCCAGUGCGACCGCUGCCCUUUCAGAGGCUGGAAAACAGCCCCCGGCGCAGAACGGAAUCCUCUCGGCCUACAGAGCAGCGUUCGGAACGGCCACGGUCAUCUAUUCGAAGUCAAGAUGAUCGCACCAGUGACUUUCAUGGAGAUGUAGAAUCACCGCUGCCUCGUGAGAGGAGAAAUCAGAUGAUGUCCAUGAAUAUCAAGUACACGACCGCCGCCUCGCAAUUUCUGUACGGCAAAUCCGUCGUGAAAGCCGCACUUGAGCAAGGAAGGCGAAAAUUAUAUAAACUCUUCAUAUAUGGAGGCGAAAACCGAAAGGAUUCAAAAGACAAUGCAAUCAUUACUCGAUUAGCGGAGAGACGGGGCGUCCCGAUCACGAUCAUCCCAAACGAAGACCAGAGAUUAAUGGACAAGAUGAGCAUGGGUCGGCCGCACAACGGCUUUGUUCUAGAGACGUCGCCGCUGCCUCGAUUACCGGUGAAAUCAUUAAGCAGACUCGAAGAAACGCCGGGGAAGCUAGGCUUCCAUGUCGAACUAGACUACCAAUCAAAGGAAGAGGAAUCGAUCAACGGGCAAGACACGUUUAUACCCCGAAAGAACGACAAUGCACCAAAACCCUUUGUCCUUUUGCUCAAUGAGAUUCUAGAUCCGGGCAACUUGGGGGGCAUUCUGCGAACAGCAAGCUACCUUGGUGUCGAUGCAGUGGGCAUCACAAAUCGCAGCUCAUCCACCUUGACUCCGGUUGUACUCAAGUCCGCGGCCGGUGCCGUGGAAGAGAUUACGAUAUUCAGCGUCGAUUCGCCCAUUAGCUUUAUAGAGGAAUCUAAAAAAGCAGGAUGGAAGACAUACGCUGCCGUCGCACCGCCCGACCCCAAACUCAUGCAAAGACACGACAAAUUCAUCUCCACUGCCAACGUUGAGGAACAACAGCCGCUGGCCAGUCAUCCUUGUAUACUGGUCUUGGGCAACGAAGGAUAUGGCCUGUCUAAACCAAUCAAGGUAGCAGCCGACUAUGAGCUGUCAGUGCCAUAUUUUGUGCGCAAUAGCAGCGUGGACAGCCUGAAUGUCAGUGUUGCUGCCGGCUUGUUAUGCCACUCCUUUGUGAGGACGCCGUCUAUUACAGCGUCAACGCCUACUAAGACUCAGGAAGAGACGCCAUCGCAUCCCGAGCUGGAAACUGGAAAAGACGAGAAGGAAACUAUGUUUUGA